AAGAAAAUAUCAUGUUACAAGAUUACACGCGGUAUGUCAAUUUUGGCUGUAAACUAUUCAAAUUAGAAGGCCGAACUUAAAUAUUACAAAUGCAAUUGUAUAAAUUAUAAAUGUGAAAUCAGUUCUAUAAACUGGAAGCUAUGCUGAAAAGUUUCAGACGUGUUAUUAUUUUAGGUACAGCCGUACUUGUCUUCAGUGUGUUUCAAGUUUAUAAGAUGCAGGAUAGUGGAAUAUAUCGAACUAAUAUAAACGAUAACGCAAAGAAUGACGCAGAAAAUGUUCAUGUGCUCAUCAAUAAAUUGCAGCAUGUUGCGUACAAAAAGAUCAGUCAGAACUUUUCUCUAGGAGAUUCAGAGAACAAACUCGACCAUGAGGGAUCUUCUCACGAUAUGUUCUGUGUUGAGAAAAGUAAGUGGGGCAAUAUAAGUGGUUUGCCAGCCGUGAAGUCCAACAUGUCUGUUUGGGAAUAUAAACGUAAUAUCACGUGUCCAGACGUACAGUUUGGUGAAACAGCGCCAAGACCAUUGAGAUCAAAGCUAGUUUUAAACUGUGACAACGUUACAGACUCUGUUCUUAAAGUUGAGAUGGUUAACAAUUCAAAUGAUAUUCAUGUAACGAAGUUUGGAAAUGCGUGUUUGAACAAAUUCAUCGACAGUUGUUGCAAAGGGCCAGAAAGAGUACCAAAUAUUGUUCAUUACGUAUGGUUUAUGAGAAACUCCUUGGAUUUCAUCAGUUUUAUAAGCAUAUUAAGUGUUGUCCGAUUUGUUAAUCCAUGUGUUAUAGUUUUCCAUGGUGACAGACUUCCGACCGGUAAAUACUGGGACUUUUUAAUGAGACUUUCACCAAAUAUCAUCCAUAUAAAACGUCAAAAAGUAAAUACUGUUUUCGGACAACGUGUAAAAUUUAAGCAACAUUCGAGUGACGUCAUGCGAAUUGAGGCGCUACUGAUGUACGGGGGAAUAUAUAUGGAUACCGACACUGUCCUUGUAAAAUCGAUUGACUCUCUCAGACAAUACCCCUGCGUCAUGUCUACACAAAGUGGGAGUUUAGGUUCAGCUUUCAUUAUGGCCGAAAAAAAUGCAACAUUUCUUAAUAUGUGGCUAGAAGGCUACAAAACCAACUAUAGAAGCUCUCAUUACUAUUACAAUGCUAUGAUAUAUCCCCGCCAGUUGGCUUAUAAUCACACAGAUAUUAUACAUGUGGAGGACGGCACUGUUUCAAGACCGAAAGACCUUUACGUUAACAAGCCUCACAGUAAACGUUUCGAAAGUUAUAACUGGUCAAAUAUAUUCGGAAUGCAUCUUUUCACCAGAAAUACGAGAACGACAUUUAAUGAAGAUACAAUAAAAGACAUGCGAAGUGUUACGGGUGCUAUAUUAAGACAUAUCCUAUUCGGGAACAAAGAGUUGUGCCACUUGUUGAAAACCCCAUGAUGACUCUGCUUAUAAUGUUUGUCGCAAACAUAAAAUGAGCCGCGCCAUGUGAAAACCAACAUAGUGCAUUUGCGAUCGCAUGGAUCCAGACCAGCCUGCAAAUUCGUGCAGUCUAGUCAGGAUCCAUGCUGUUCGAUAAGAGUUUCUCUAAUUGCAAUAGGCUUUGAAAGCGAAAAGCAUGAAUCCUGACCAGACUGUGCAGAUGAGCAGGCUGGUCUGGAUCCAUGCCGGUCGCAAACGCACUCAUGAUGUUGGUUUUCUCAUGGUACGGCUCAAAUACAUUUUUUGUUGUUAAAUACAUUUCAUGAUUUUUUUUUCUCAUUGAAUAUUUGGUUCGAUUAGUGUGAAGUAUUAUUGAAUCUAUUGGCGCUGAUCGUCUAACAUCACAAUAUACUUAUUCGGUUCCUUCUUUAUUUCAUAUAAACAAUCAAAUCUUGAGACCUCAUUUUUGAUCAUUUUAAUGACAUGAAAACCAGAUAUAGUCAGCUUUUCUUUCCAAAAAUAAAAGGAAACUACUGAGAAGUAGACUAGCUCAUAGACUGUGAUAUGUAUAAGUUAGAUAAUACAUAAAAGUGUGUUACCGGCUGGUAUCAUCAUGCGCGGGGGAAUCUCAGGGAACGUAAUUUGGGUAGCAAACGAGCCUCGUAGAGGCGAGUUUGCUAUCAAAUUACGUUCCCUUAGAUUCUCCCAAGCAUGAUGAUACUCGCCGGUAACACACGCGUAUGUAUUGUCUAACUGAUUUAUUGCAUGAUUAAAAACAGUAAACUGAACACAUUUUUUAAAUAUCUUAAAUUUAAAAUAUUUAAAAAUAUUUCCCCUCUUGAGCCUCCCUUAGAAACAUUUCAUGGUAAACCCCCAACUACCAUAUAAAAGCCAGAAGAUAGCGCUGGGCAGGUUUUUUUAUAUAAAUUAUGCAUGCUUCACAUCAGAGUUCCCUUUUUCAAAAUUUUAAAUAAACUACUGAAAAAAAAGUUAUAAAAAAGUGCAUAAAUACGCAUUGAAAAAUUCUUUAUCAAUUGGUGUAAUUGUUUUUCAAAACAAAAAGUUGUGAAAUAGAGUUUCAAAAAUGAUUUAAACUAACUGCUAAAAAUUUGAA